CUGUUGUCCAAUUAGAAAAUUGUACCCGCGUUCAUUCAUUGUGUGUGCAAAUUAUACGAUCAACCCCCUUAAAUUUUCAGUUUUUUUGCAAGAACUCAAACUACAAAUAUCAUGACCACUGAACACAAGGAAGUGAAGCCAAGUAAUGAACAUGUGCAGUUAAAAGUAACUGGUGAUGAUGGUUCAACGAUAAGCUUCAAGAUCAGGCGCAGGACAAAGCUGGCCAAACUCAUGGAUGCCUACAGGGAAAAGCAGGGUUUGAGGGGACAGCUCCGUUUCAGAUACGACGGACAGCCCGUAAACGAAGAUGACACACCGGAGUCUCUCGAGAUGGAGGAUGAGGACCAGCUGGAGGCAUACCAAGAGCAGACUGGUGGAAGGGGGUAGGGUCUGACCCGGCCCUUCUUUGCGUUGAGAUGGAUGGAGACGGACACUAGUUCCACCAGUUAGACCACAACCUACAUGUGCAUUUCCACAAGAAGUGCUGUCCAAGAGAGCUCAUCACGGUCACUACUAUUUAAUAGCCCCCAGUAAUUAUUAUGCCUAGGGUAUGAAGCUCCCUAGACAAUCUACCGAAACACUCCAAGAAAUUGCUCCUUAUUGAAUGCUUCUGAUACAGCGUGCCAAGAUUUUGGUGCUCUCGACACGUUGGGCCUACCUUGUUCAAGAAUUCAUCCGGCUUUCAAACUAUUGGUUAUUUCUUGGCUUACCGUAUCUCAAGUCAUCUCCUAGGUUCUACGGUGCCAAACUCUCGCUCGGAUUGCCAAAAAAAAUCUCUUUUGUAAAUAUAUGGACUGUGACCUGGUGGGCAUCUUGCCACGUGAUAGCAAUUGGCAAGAGUGAUAUCGUACAUUGUGUAGCUGCAGGUGUCUAACUCAUUGACAUGUAUUGUACAUGUAGGUUGUGGGUAUUCCCCCUUUCUUUUUUUGUGUAUAAAUUUCCUUGCGACAAUCUAAAAAUCUGUACAAUAUUAUGAAUGUUGCACUCCAUUUUUUGUCCAGUUACGGUAGCUUUACAAUGGUGUUUAUGGAAAUCACUUUGUAUCGUAGGUAAAUUGACCAAACAAAAUCUGAACAUACAAUUAACAGCAUAUAUUUUCCAUUUUUUGUCAUGAAAAGAAAAAUAUUUUGAGAUCGAAUAGAUGCGAUGUAUACAACAGCCCUCAUUUGAUAUAGGCUUUUCAUUUCUUGUAAAGUCUAGCCCCUCUGCAAGCCAGCUCAUUGACAGUUUUGUAUUGACUAGUUCUUGAUUAUAUGAGGAGGAAGACAUUUAGUGACUAGAAUAUAAUGCUUGCAUGCUUGUGUGUAUAUAUUGGGCUACAGAUUAUCAGUGCACAGACGCAUAUAACGCGCAAUUCCUUUUUAUUUAGCGCAAUCCUCGAGCAUCAUCCGUUCUCUUAACUUGUCUGAGAGCUCUUCAUUGGCUUUAUAAAGGUAGUUUUGAAUUAUGCAAUGCCAUGGUUAUCCCUAAAUCUUAAGUUCAUGUAAAUGUUUUUUUUUUAAAUGUCCACUAGCAAUGAUAAGCAUUCUAAUGAUAGUAUUUACCACUUACAUGUACGAUGCUGCUGGAAUUAGUAACACUAACAGAAAAGUUUCCGAUUUCGAGAAAUGUAUCAUUUGCAGUUCUUGCACAUUCAGUGGGGGAUUUUCUUUUAAAUUUUGAUGCCAUUUUUUGAGCUUCUCCUUUCCCACCCUGUUAAAACUACAUGUAAAUUGAAUUGCGGGCACUAAAAGAGAAUGAAUUUGUGGGGAAACGGUUUGAAUUAUGCAGGUAUAUUCUUGUAAUAUAUUUUGAAUCUGUAAGCAUGUGUAAUCCACAGACAUUAUUUCUUUCACCCUAAUUCAUACUUAGUUUCUGUAAAAAGUGUUGAUAUGCUGCCAGUGGGUAGACUUUUUUUCAUUCUUCUUGUUCCUUUUUUUUUAAUUUCUUUUUUUUACAAGUGCCAUUUGUUAAAUGUCUCGUCCAAAGUCUGAAAUGAUGCUGCUAAUUAAAUGAAUGUAAGAUGUCUCUUAAAAAAUGAAGAAAAAGUAAAUUUGUAUUUUUCGGCUGGGGGCUAGAAAAUGCCCUUUUUUACAUGUAGAUGAAACAUUUAGGUUCCAUUUUCCAUCUCUCAUCAAUGUUUUGACUCAUGAUUUUGUUUUACAGUCUAAACUCUUAUUAUUUGGAUUUAAUGAUUAUCAUGACUGUUGUUUUUGUUGUUAAAUGAAUAAUAGACUUUUGAUAAUUAUUUGCGAGAUGAAAUAGAGGAUUAUUUGGCAGCUCGUUUCUUUAAUACCUACCUGUAGUUGCACCAUUUCCACUUUGUGCUUUUAAAACUCAGACUCUUGUGACUUGGGGACUUUUAAGCGAUGCAAUAUGCCUUGUUGGUUGUUGGGAGAAAGUGGUUUACAAGUUGCCUCAGCAGAGAGGAAGAGGAGAUUGCCCGAGGUAUCCCUUUUUUAUUCUGCUGAGGCAAGAUGUGUACACAAUGACAUUUUUUCUCCAAAUUUCUUCGCUUGCAGACGUUGGUACAGGUUCUCAGUCGAGGAGAAAAAACUGGGGCUGCAACAUUGACCAACACAAAAACUCCUUUGCCAUUGUUAAUUGCCAGAAGGAACAUGGUCAGGGGGAGGGGAAACUCCUGUACACAGACACAACGUAUCUGAUAAGGUAGCAACAACUGCAGCACCCCAUUUGGGGGAGGGGGGGGGGGGGGACUUCAUAGAAGUCACAUGAAAAUGCAUGCAUCUUGCUGUUGCUCUUCUCACAUUUCAUUCUCAUAACGUCACUGCUAAGUUUCUCAUUUAUCAUUAUUAGUAGUAUUUUUUUAUAAUUUUGUUUUGGUAAUCAAAGAAAAUGGAACCAUGUUUUGAUUGAACACGUAGCUUUGUAAUAUUAAUUAGUUUAGACUGUUAUUGUUGCAUGUCUUAAUAAAGUGAAUUUCAGUAUCUUA